CGGGCGCGAGGCAGCACAUCUCCCAGUGAGCGGACUACAGUCGCACCUCCUCAUCCACCUGCUGUCAUAUGACGAACCUCCUCCUCCGGUACCCCCACACAACAUCGGAAUAGCGAGCCCCCCAGGUGGCGCUGUGUUCCCAGACCAUGGCUCUCUCCUGGAGUCUGCUCCUGGCGCUCCUGCUGGCCGCCGUGGCACUCUCCCGCGGCGCCGAGCCCGGGGCCCCCACCAAGCGGAGGCCGGCCUCGACGGGGGGGGGCGGCAAUGCCCUCCAGUACCCGGAGCAGGGGCUCCAGGGGCGGGGGCGCGGGGGGGCCCGCAGAGGCCAGGGGCCCCGCUCCGGGCUGCUGCCCCACCGGCCCCCCCACCCACUGGGCCGGCCCGAGGACGACGGGCCCGGGCUGGAGGGAUUGGCCCCCGUCAGGCUGGAGGCGGGGCCGGGGAGGGGGCGGGGCCGGCCGCGCACGGGCGGGAGGAGACCGGCCCACGGCCGGGAGAACCACCCCCUGGGCCCCCGCAAGGGGAGGGGCCACGCCCACGCCCACGGGAAAGGAAACCGGAACGGGAAAGGUGACGGGAACGGGAAUGGGAAUAUGAACGGGAAUGGGAACGGGAAGGGGAACGGGAAGGGGAACGGGAAGGGGAACGGGAAGGGGAACCGUAACGGCCACGGGCAGCUGUUGGAGCCCAGGAGGCCGGGCGGCCGGCGGGAGAAGCUGGGAGGAGGGAAAGGGCUUCUACCGGAGCCUGCGCUGGGGUCCAUCCUGAAGGGGAGGGGUCUUCAGCACAAGGCCGCCGCCUCCUCCUCCCACUCCUCCCACUCCUCCCCCUCCUCCCACUCCUCCCCCUCCUCCCACUCCUCCUCCCCCUCCUCCCCCUCCUCCCACUCCUCCUUCCUCAGCGACUUCCCCCCCGCCCAGCCCCCCUCCUCCGUCACCGCCUUCUACGGCUCCGGCUCCUCCAUGGUUACCACGGUGAUGAACGAGCAUCCGCCAACGCUCCCCCCUGCCUCCACCAAGCCCCAGAAAGCAGCUCCGGUGAAGGGACAGGGCGAGGUGAUGCCCACCCUAGACAUGGCGCUGUUCGACUGGACGGACUACGAGGACAUGAAGCCAGUGGACUCAUGGCCGCCCUCCAGGAAGAAAGAAAAGAGGCGGAGUAAGAACCUGAGCAGCGGGAACGUGACGGCGGACUCGGACGGCCCUGAGCCAUGUGACCACCACCUGGACUGUCUGCCAGGCUCAUGCUGUGACCUGCGGCAGCACGAGUGCACCCCCCACAACAGAGGGCUGAACAACAAGUGUUACGACGACUGCAUGUGUGAGGAAGGAUUCCGUUGCUACGCCAAAUUUCAUCGCAAACGCCGCGUCACUCGUCGGAAAGGUCGCUGCGUGGUCCCCGAGUCGGCCAAUAGCGAGCAAGGAGCCUUCAUCACGAUCUGAGGAGCUGGAGGAACACCAAGGGGAGGGGGGGGGAGUAUGGGGAACCCCACCCAGAGAGACAUCAGCAGACAUCUCCAGUGGCACAGCACCUUAAAGAUGGCAGCUUUAAGGUGUACUUUAAGCCUGUAUUCCAUUGAUAAUAGAUCAUUUAAAAACAUGUAUUUGGUUCUGGUCAUUUCAGAUUUUCAGCAGUUUCAUCCAAUCUCCUCUUUGUCAAAACGAAGUGGUCCUACCACAGUGGUCUUUUGUUUUAAGAGUUCGGAGUUCAGCCCCUAUCCAACACCUUUUUCUACUUCCCUUGUGCCGUUUACAUUGUGCCAAGUAGGGAUGCACUGAUAGGCCGAUAUCAGCCACGUUGUACAUAGGCCAGAGUGUAGCAGUCGGCAGCAGUAUCCCAUGUUUUUGUGUUAUCUCGUGAAAAAAUCCAUAAUAUUUCGUCCCAUGCGACUUUGUAUGAGGAUAACGACCGCUGUCGAAGUCGGGGAAAAGGUCAAUCGAUUUCGGUAUUGUGACCGGUCGAUAAGAACUUGAUGCAGCCCCAGAGGUGAAUCCCUGUUUUAUUCAGCCCACCCACAGAAAGGAGGAGAAUCCAUUCAGUACUUUAUCAUGGUUCCGGAACAGCUUACACGGGCCUUAUGCUGCAUUCACUCCGUAUGGAAGAUAUCGAGGACAUGUCUGGAAUAAUUCCCGUUGCUCCGACUUGAUAGCGAUCCCAAUCACGCAGAUGGGACAGUUCGGAAGUAGGGAUGUGACAUUGAAGAUGUGUUAAAUGUGUAAAAAAAUAAAUUCCUUGGGUGAAGGGGGGGGGGGGGGGGGGGGGUGUCUUUGGGCUUUGAUGAUUUUCCAUGUUUGUUAAUAAUAUGAGCAAUCUAUCAAAUUAACAAUAAACAAAAUAAAAAAAACACGAUAAAUCUAAAAAAAAAACUAGGCUUGCGACCUCGGGAAUCUUUUAUUUGGUCCGAUCAGGUCUUCCCCGGGUCAGAGAUAUCAGUUCUGUCCCAAAGUUCCCAAUGCUCAGAUAUAGAAUAAUAAUAAAACUCAGAGAGGGAAGUGAACUAUUUUUAUCGCUCGGAUAUUAUGCUGGUUAUUACAGUUACUCCACACGUCCGGACAGACCAUUAGUCCUCUUGGUUCAGGCACUUGUUGGGUGGGGAACUGAAUGGGAACGCUUAGUGAAUAAGGCCUACUGUUAUCUUUCUUCGAAACCUGACUCAUCUGGUGGCACUACUGUGUUCUGUAAGCCUACUGUACAUAUGAAUGGCUUUAAUCACUCAAUUUAUAAGGUAAUGUUUCUUGUUUAUUGAAUGUACUUACUUUACGUUAGAAUGCAAAAGUUUGCCUGUUUGUUUGUUUUUUGCUUGACUUUAUUUUAUAUCUCCUAAUAUAUACUUUGUUUAUACUGGGGACUCCUCAUGUUUUCAGUUCAAACUUUUUACCCAUGAUUAAAACUGAAAUAGGAUAAACCUAUUCUCCACUCUUUACUUCACCAUGCGUGACAGGUCAAUUUUUUACAUAUUUACAUAUUUCCAACUAUGAAUUCAUCUUUUGCAUUUGGUGUCAGCACGCCUUCACAAACUAGAAUUAUCUGGCUAACCCAACCAUCCUGUAGAAAGGUUUUUCAUCCAAGACACUAAGUGUUGCCGUCAGUAACGCAUAAUGCAUUUGUUGGCAAUAAACAUCUAACCCUAA